AUGUUUCAUGCUUUCACCUUCCUUAAAGGUGGUAGAUUUUACUCUUCACUAACAGUUAAAUCAUUGUACGAGCAGGUACACCAUACUAGCCAUGAUCCCAUUUCAAUUAAUGGAUGGAUCAAAUCCAUAAGACUAUUAAAACGUAUAGCGUUUUUGGAUUUACAAGAUGGGACUUCUGUGAACCCAUUAAGAAUAGUUAUUCCACUCACAAAUACUGAUGAAGUACAGUUCCUAAAAAUUCUGAAAACUGGUCAAACUUUAUCUAUAUCUAAUGCUACCUGGCAAAGCACCCCUAAUAGAAAACAACCUUUUGAAUUGCAAAUCAAAAAUCCUGUCAAGUCAAUUAAACUUGUGGGUCCCGUUUCAGAAAACUAUCCAUUACAAAAGAAAUAUCAAACCUUACGUUAUUUAAGGUCCUUACCUACACUAAAAUACAGAACCGCUUACUUAAGUGCAAUUUUACGGUUAAGAUCCUUUGUAGAAUUCCAGUUCAUGCUAUAUUUCCAGAAAAACCACUUCACCAAAGUUUCACCACCAAUAUUAACUUCAAACGAUUGUGAAGGUGCCGGCGAGUUGUUUCAAGUCUCCACCAAUACGUCGCCAACUGCAUCCUCGUACUUUGGGAAGCCGACUUAUUUGACUGUGUCCACUCAAUUGCACUUGGAAAUUUUAGCGUUAUCACUGUCAAGGUGUUGGACGUUAUCUCCUUGCUUUAGAGCCGAAAAGAGUGAUACUCCAAGACACCUUUCGGAGUUUUGGAUGCUUGAAGUGGAAAUGUGCUUUGUUAAUAGCGUCAACGAGCUAACAUCGUUUGUUGAGACUACAAUAAAACACAUAAUUAAAGCUUGUAUAGAUAACCAACAAGAACUCUUGCCGAAGCAAUUUAUCUCUUCACAAGAAAAUAAUGCAUCGUCAGAGCUAUCAAUAAAUCAAGAGACACAACAAAUUAAAACACGAUGGGAAGAUUUAAUAAAUGAAAAAUGGCACAAUAUAACGUAUACCAAUGCAAUAGAAAUUCUCAAGAAACGCCACAAUGAAGUUUCACACUUUAAGUAUGAACCUAAAUGGGGACAGCCUUUGCAAACUGAACAUGAAAAAUUUUUAGCCGGAGAGUAUUUUAAGUCCCCAGUUUUCGUUACCGACUAUCCACGUCUUUGUAAACCAUUCUACAUGAAACAAAAUUCCACUCCUGACGAUACUGUUGGAUGCUUUGAUCUACUGGUUCCUGGAAUGGGUGAAAUAAUUGGUGGGAGUUUAAGGGAAGAUGACUAUGACAAGUUAUGUAGAGAAAUGAAAGCACGCGGGAUGAAUAGAUCUGGAGAAUUGGACUGGUAUGUUUCUCUGAGAAAAGAAGGAAGUGCACCACACGGAGGCUUUGGUCUAGGGUUUGAGAGAUUUAUCUCAUACUUAUAUGGCAACCAUAAUAUAAAGGAUGCCAUACCCUUUUAUAGAACAUCUGCAGAAUCCAUCGAUUUUUGA